CUUGCCCGCCAUGUUCAACAGCGAUAGGUAAAAUCAUUUCUCUUUAUCUAAGACGAGUUUUAGGCCGAUUCAACACUUUAUUGAUCCAACAAUUAUACCCCCACACUGUCACCAUAUAAACCCGUCCUGACUGCUCUGUACUUGUCAGUACCGAACCUGCAGCCGUGAGGACCUCUGAACCCGUGUAGGACCUGUGUAGUACUUGAAGCAUCAACAAACCUCGGAUCUGGAGUUUGACCAACAUGGCCACUACAACUGCAGCUAACCUGGAACAAGAGGAUAGAGGGUUAGAGCGGGGACAGGAUUCUUCGUGUAGCUACACGUGUGGUGAAUGUGCCAAGAAGUUUGAUUGCCCAAGUCAUCUCAAAAUACACAUGAGGACACACACCGGUGAGAAACCGUACGCAUGUGUAACAUGUGACAGAAAAUUCAGUCAAGUAGGCGCUCUGAACAGUCACAUGUGGACUCACACAGGUGAGAAACCUCACCUGUGUGAGAAAUGUGGCAAGCAGUUCAGCAGACCAGGCGAUCUGAAGGAACACCAGCGGAUCCACAGCGGGGAGAAACCGUAUCAAUGCAAGGAGUGCAGCAAACAUUUCAGGAAAUCGAUUCAGCUGAGGAGACACAUGAGAACUCACACUGGCGAAAAACCACACAAGUGUAAGGAAUGUAGUAAGCAGUUCAGUGUGGUAGGUAGUCUGAAGAUACAUAUGCGGACACACACAGGUGAAAGACCGUACUGUUGUGAAUACUGCAACGAAAGCUUUGGUCAGCCAGCCCAUCUCAAGAGGCAUAUGCUGACUCACACUGGAGAGAAGCCGUACACGUGUGCGGAGUGCAGAAAGCAGUUUAGCCAGCCGGCCAAUUUGAAGAGACACAUAAGAACCCACACGGGUGAGAAACCAUACGCUUGUAAGGAGUGCGGCAAACGGUUUAGUCAGCUAGCUGGUAUGAAAGCACAUACGCUGACUCACAGUCAGAAAAGACACAGGCAGAAAAGACCCACUGUUUUCCACACGGGUGAGAAACCAUACAGUUGUGAGGAGUGCGGAAAACGUUUUAGCCAGCUAGGUCACAUGAAAACACAUAUUACGCUGGCCCACACUGGUGACAAACCGUACAGAUGUGAAAAAUGUAACAGGUGCUUCCGUCAGUCCAGUAAUCUGAGUUACCACAUGCGGACUCACAUUGAAGAAAGCUAGUCAUGCAGUAGAAGAUUGCAUCUUGCGGAUCAGUAGAAAACAUAAAAACAGUUUUUGUUUUUUAUCAUUGGGGACGAAUCCCAUAUGAUAGAGAAUGUUACUCCCAAUUAAGUGUUUUAAUGGAAGUGUGCAUUCGACAUAAGCGGCUGGAAAGCUAAAAUAAUGGGGAUCGGGUGACAGAUAGUAGCCUUUAGUUUUGUGUAAAAGCGAGUGUGGAUUGUCUAAACACUAGUGACAGAAAGACGGUAAUCAGUCGUUUCCUGGAUGUAAAGGCGUCGUGGGCUAUUACUUUUCCACAGCACUUCGUUUUUUCUAUGCUUAAGUUACCGAAGUUCUUAUUUACACUUAUGAUUCACUAAUCGUUGUAAAUAUACUGUGGAAACAUGUUAUUAAGUUAGUUACAGUUAAGUUAGUUACUUUUUCGUUAGAACAGAUGUUACUUAUUAAUUAGUUAUAGAUGUUACUUCUUCUUUAGUAAUAGCUGCUACCUUUGUAUUUCCUCAAUAAACUAAGACACGUAAUGUGUUGUUGUUUUUGCUGA